AUGCUGCCUAUGAAUUUUCUCUCGAGACCAGCUAAUGUGUUCUUCUCCAAGGGUCAUGGUUCGAAGAAGGAUGCUGCCCCUGUGACACCAAUCCCUUCAAUAAUUGGAUUAAAUGAUCAUACUACCCAUUCUGAAAUUGAAAUGGAAUCUUUAAACCAAUUUCUAAAUCAAACUUCAGGUUUCACAGCAGAAACCACAACCAUCAAACAUGCUGGGCUUACUGCUAAGAAUGGCGAGUUCCCGGAUGAUGUGGCGUUUGAUGCUACUAUCAAGACUAUAGAACCAGAGCUUAUCACAGAUAAUGAGGAUACUUCUAUUUUUGAAGAUGAAAACGGCAGAACUUACCCUGAGGGUGGACUUGAUGCCUGGUUGGUAGUACUUGGAUCAUUUGUUGGAUUGAUCCCUAUUUUUGGGAUGGUAAAUUCUCUUGGUGCCAUCGAAUCAUAUGUCUCGAAACAUCAAUUGGCAGGUGUAGCUCAAUCUACAAUUUCAUGGAUUUUCUCUUUAUAUUUGGUCAUUACUUUUUUAAGUUGUGUCUUGACAGGUGGAUAUUUUGAUAGAAAUGGAUCUUUCAAACCAAUGUGCUUUGGAAUCUUAUUUUAUGAGGCAGGUUUGAUCGCUUUGGCUGAUUGUCAAGAGGUUUAUCAAUUUAUCCUAGCCUUUUCCGUCCUUUGCGGAAUGGGUAGUGGGUUUCUAAUGACGCCCUUGGUAAGCGUCAUCGCUACAUGGUUCUACAGAAAGAGAGGUGUUGCUACAAGUGUUGCUACAAUGGGCGGUUCAAUCGGAGGGAUGAUCAUUGCUCCGAUCUUAAGAAAACUUUAUGUUGAGGUUGGUUUCAAAUGGGCUCUUAGAAUUUUCGCCCUAAUUUGUGCUGUUUGUUUAAUCAUUUCGUUAUGUUUGGUGAAAGUUUGGGAUCAACCAACAGCUAUCCCUUUUACAUCAAGAUGGGAUGAAUUUAAAUGGUAUUUCAGUUCUUCGUUCAAUUGGAGAUAUUUUCUUGAGGGUCCAUUUUUGUUUGCUGCCCUAGGUGCUGCCCUGGCCGAAAGUGCCCUAACUGCUUUAGCUACAUAUGUCUCUUCUUAUUCGUUAUCAGUAGGUAACUCAGAAUCGACAUCAUAUAAUUUAAUCACAGUGACAAAUGCUGCAGGUAUGCUAGGGCGAUAUAUUCCAGGGUAUGUUGCCGAUAAAUACCUUGGUGGGUUUAAUGUUACAAUUAUCACUGUCUCAAUGGCUGUUCUUGUAAAUUUUAUCAUAUGGCUUCCAUUUGGUACUAAUCUAAAAGCUUUAUGGACAUAUUCUGCACUUUAUGGGUUUUCAACAGGAUCUAUUCUUUCAUUGACACCAGUGUGUGUGGGUCAAAUAUCUAGAACAGACGAUUUUGGUAAAAGAUAUUCGACAGUAUACAUGUUAGAGGCAUUACUAACAAUUCCGGUGUUACCUAUCGGUGGUGCUAUCAUUGGGAAUGGUUCAAUAUCUAAUUACAAUAACUUUAUCAUAUUUAAUUCUGUUGUGAUGCUUGUUGGUGCCAUUUGUUACUUUAUUUCGAGAUGGUUCUCAGUAGGGUUUAAGUUAGUUAAAUAUUGA